AUGGUUACAUUGGAGAGCUUGGUUGGUCAUCCUGUGGUCAUCUUUAGCGAAACCUCAUGUUGCAUUAGCCAUUCCAUUAAGCAACUGAUACGCAGUUUUGGGGCGAAUCCUACUGUUUACGAGCUCGACCAGCAUCCAGACGGAGAGGAAAUCAAAAGCAAAUUGAGAAUAAAACAAAGUUUACCUGUUGUGUACAUCGGGCAGAAGUUAAUUGGCGGUGCGAAAGAUGUGACGAGCCUCCAUGUCAGGGGCGAACUUGUCCAAGAGCUCAUCCGGGCUGGAGCUAUUUGGGUAUAG